CGGGACUGGGAUCAGAAGAUAUUGCUUGUUUCAGUUGAUCUUAAGUUUGACAAAAGCUUUGGGUUCGAGAACUUUUGUUAAUUUGUUGAAUUACGUUGUGAGUAAUGCGGUAUCGAGGGCAUAAAACGGGUGGCAAAUUUUGUUGUUUUCAGAUUCAUAAAAUUGCAAACUAUGCGCUCUAUAAACCUCAGCAGAAAAUCUAUUGUAAAAGUAUUACUGUUUGUAAAAAGACGUUUAAGUUCACCAGACUGAUAGGAAGAGCACAGUAGCUAUAAUACUUGACUGUUUACCAUUUUCCAUCCUUUGCUGAACAAAUGUGCCUGGCGAUAUCUAUGACCUUUAUUAUGCCCCAUAAUAUGAACAUGUCCAGUUUUGGAACAUCAAGUUGGACUAUCGGUAAUUCAAUAACUGAACCCAAGGCAGUGCAAAAAGCCUCUCUGAAAGGUUCGCAGAUCCUGGAACGCGAAAUCGACGCACAACAGAGACUACCAGUUCCCAGCAUCAAACCAGCAGUAAUAAUUUCUGGUAGACGCCCGUUGAUUUCAAAGGGCGGAAAUCAUACGCACCGCGAUUACGAUCGAGACCGCAACGACACAGUACACUACGUUUUGCCUUCGGCCACGGCAUCCAGAUCUUUUAAGAAGACUGACCGGGAUCGCACUCUGGAGAGAUUACGACUUGUUAAAGAAUUAAGAGCUAAAGAAGACCAGGCAAGAAAAGCGGCGGCGGAAGAAGCGAAAAGAGUUGCUGCUGAAGAAGCAAAGCGACUGGCUGCGGAGGAGGCCAAACGCGCUGCUGCUCAUUACGCCGAAUCAACAAGACGAUCCCUACGUUGGCCUUUGACACCCGGAGAGGUUCUACAUUACUUCAAACGUGAUUUAACGGAGUUCGAACUAAACGAGAUCCAGAAAUACAAAGAAAUUUGGUAUCUUGGCCUUGGGCGUCAACGAAAAAGUAGAGCAAAACAAAAGAAAGAUGACCACGAUGACGGAAUGUACGCAGCGGAAGCCCACGAUCACGUGGCUUAUCGCUAUGAAAUUGUUGGACUGCUUGGAAGAGGAUCGUUUGGUCAAGUUUUCAGAUGCCGCGAUCACAAAAGUCACACCGAUGUCGCUAUAAAAAUGCUCCGAAGUAAAAAGAAGUUUUACCGGCAAGGCAUUGUUGAAGUGCGCCUCCUGGAUCAUCUAAGAAAGAAAGAUGCAAAAAAUGACAAAAACAUUAUACAUAUGCUAGACUGCUUCCAUUUCCGGAAACAUAUUUGCAUCGUUUUGGAGCUGGCUGGGAUCAAUCUCUAUGAUUUGCUCAAGCGCAAUGCUUUUAACGGCUUCAGUGUUAUGGCUGUAAAGCGUUUCGGAUGGAAUAUUUUACAAUCCCUCAGUUUACUUCAGCAGGAGCAAAUUAUACACUGUGAUAUAAAACCGGAAAAUAUCUUACUGCGAACAAGGCAAGGCAUGCCGGGCACAUCCGUUUACGAUAUCAAAGUUACCGAUUUCGGAUCGGGAUGUUUCGUACAGGAGCAGAUAUACUGCUACAUUCAAUCCCGCUAUUAUCGAGCACCGGAAAUUAUUUUAGGAUUUCCUUAUGAUUGCGCCAUUGACAUAUGGAGUUUCGCAUGCGUUCUAGCAGAGCUGCUAUUAGGACGGCCCAUAUUUCCUGGAGAAAACGAAGCGGACCAACUAGCAUGCAUAAUGGAGAUUCUAGGUUUACCCCCGAGGAAAAUUCUUACGACAGCGCCACGUGCUCGAUACUUCUUUGAUAGCCUAGGAAAUCCCACGCGGCUCAUCAACAGCCGCGGAAAGAAACGAAUACCCGGCACUAAGCCAUUGCAUUCCAUCUUGAAAACAUCUGACCGCCGCUUCCUCGAUUUUAUGAAGAAAUGCCUUGAAUGGGAUCCACACCUUCGUGCAACGGCCGAAAAUCUUUUGAGUCACGAAUGGAUGACCGGUCCACCGGGGCGAGGGGCCCGUGAUUUCCCCAGUGCCAACCAAAUUAACCCAUCCGAAACUGUAUCCAACAGCAACUAUGACAACCGGGAUCUGGUGGCUGAACUAUUAUCCACCAAUCCUUUCAAUGAGGACGAGGAGGGCCGGUUAACGGCUCAUACGGAAUCCCAUACGGAAGACGACAUCAAAUUAUUGACCCAAACAUUCUCCUAGUGUCGUCACGAAGGCGUUGAGCGGGAAGCCAACCACAUUGUAGAAGCAUCCUUGGAUGGAAUGAGUCAAAGCGGCGCCCAUGCCCUGUAUUGCGUAGCCACCAGCUUUGUCUCUGUAUGAAAUGGACAAUUAUCGUUGGCGCUGUCUACAAAUGACCGCUUAUACCCUCUCACCUGCCCUCUCCGCUGUUAACAUACCAGGAAAUGGUAUCGGGAUCCAUUGCAACGAGUCGUAUUUUGGUUUCCACAGUGAAAGUGUGGGCGAGCUUUGCCAAGUCCAAUUUUUCGUCGCCAUCCAAAUUUGCACUAGAUGCGCCGCCGCUAACGGCGAUCUGGGGUGGCAACACGAAAGACACGGCGGUGAUCACUGUAUGCUCUUUUCCAGAAAGUCUA